AUGAAUGGAGAUGAGAGAAAUGAGUGGAGCAGAAGACAUCCAGCUGGCAACCUAAACCUCGAACGCCUUUUUCUUCGUCUGACAUACUUUCUACUCUCUGCUGUAACAGUAUACGGAACUGGAGUUUUCAUCGUUACGCCGAGAUAUAAUCAUGCUUUGGACCGCCUCGUCGACUCGUCGUGCAGACUAGUCUUGGUGCUAUCUAUUCUCAAAAUGGUACGUGUCAGAAGACUGUUCGUCGGCCUAGUAGCUGGUCAGGCUUUCUUAGAUCAGCAGAGACGAUUUCUAAAGUUCUUUUCAUUAGUGUUUAAUUAUCCUAAUUUAAUAUUAAUUAGCUGCUUAUCUCGAAGUUCCCACCAAACGGAUAUCCCUCAGAUGCCUUAAACUACAGUAUUAUCCUCACAGUCAUCAGUCUCUUUUCACGAGUGAUGUAUCAUGUAUGCCACGUGGAAAUUGGCUUUACGUUAGCUUUUUAGGUUAGAAAAUAUAUUAACUGCAGAAAAAGUGUAAAUUCCGAAGCAGUUUUUUCAAUCGAAAAUAGAUAUACUACCAAUUUCUUAGCAAAAAAAACUAAACCAUUUAUUGAUUAUGAAUUUAUUAUGAUUCAAAUCAAAGACGGAGAAAUAUACUCUCUUCUCAUUCUUUAAAUUUUAAACAUAUUUAAAAGAUUCGAAAUUUUAAUUAUUAAUAAUAUAUUUAUGUGAUUAGCUAUUUAUAAUAACUCUAAAUCAAUGUACAUUAAAAAUAAUACAAUCACAUUUUUAAAGUUUACAGUUUUGUUAUUGACAAAUAAAAAUAUAUAGAAAACUUGAAAAUAGAUUUUUGACUAGUUUCCAAAAAUAAUGUUUCAAAACAGAGAAAAUUUUACUUAAAAUAAAUAAAUAACUAUACAGCUUUCUCAUAAACAAACAUUUAUUUAACCAACAAAAACGCCACCACAUAUAACAAAAAAAUCACAUAUAACAAGCAAGCCAACCAUACAAUCUCAAGUAUAAUAAGAAAUGUGAUAUUUCAACGAAACAUAAUAUGCCAUCGUUAAUAUUUUUUUCAAAACAAAUGACACAUUAAAAUUAUAAUGCAACAAAUUUAGAAAAGAGUGACACGUUAUUGAGUUUUUUAUACAUCUUUGUAUGUAAUAAAUUAUCUAUCUUUUUACAAGGCUCCUUAAAUCUGGGGCAAUUUUGGAAUUCAAUAAAUAGUGAAAGGAUAUAUAUAAGGUCUCCAUGUCGUUAUCUUUUGUAAUCAAAACAAACAUUUAACCAACCGAAAAUCAAAAUCCGAAGCUAAAAA